ACUCUUUUCAUCUCUCUCUUCAUUACACGUUUUGUUCGCUUCUUAUCCAAUCCAACCAUACGAGAAGACAUUAACACCCAUUCUCUGUCUCUCUCUCUCUACCAAGUUAUGGCAGGGGGAGGAAUUUCGGCCGGAGGAGGAGGAACACAGUUCGAGGCGAAGAUCACCCCCAUAGUCAUCAUCUCUUGCAUUAUGGCCGCCACCGGAGGUCUCAUGUUCGGUUACGACGUCGGCGUUUCAGGAGGGGUAACUUCCAUGGAUGAUUUCUUGAAGAAAUUCUUCCCGGUGGUAUAUCGAAGGACUAAAGAGGGAAAUCUUGAUAGCAAUUACUGCAAAUACGAUAAUCAAGGGCUACAAUUAUUCACAUCAUCACUAUACUUAGCCGGUUUGACAUCGACCUUCUUCGCAUUUUCAUCUCUCUCUUCAUUACACGUUUUGUUCGCUUCUUAUCCAAUCCAACCAUACGAGAAGACAUUAACACCCAUUCUCUGUCUCUCUCUCUCUACCAAGUUAUGGCAGGGGGAGGAAUUUCGGCCGGAGGAGGAGGAACACAGUUCGAGGCGAAGAUCACCCCCAUAUAAUAAGAAAAAUAAAUUGCCUUCUGAGAUGAAUCUCAAUUGCACAAUGAUCAAAGGAGGAUGGGGUUGGAGGGUGUCACUGGGUUUGGCCGGAAUUCCCGCUGUCCUCCUAACCGUGGGAGCCCUCUUGGUGGUUGACACCCCCAACAGCCUCAUCGAGCGUGGCCAUCUUGAUGAAGGUAAAGCGGUGCUCAAAAGGAUACGCGGCAUUGACAAUGUUGAACCUGAGUACUUGGAGCUUGUCGAGGCCAGCCGUGUAGCCAAACAAGUCAAGCACCCCUUCAGAAACCUCCUCAAGAGGAGGAAUCGGUCCCAACUCAUCAUCGCUGUGGCCUUGCAGAUUUAUUUACAGGCAGUACCACUGUUCCUAUCAGAGAUAGCACCAACAAGAAUACGUGGAGGACUUAAUAUUUUAUUCCAACUUAACGUAACCAUUGGCAUUCUCUUUGCCAACCUUGUUAACUACGGCACUAGCAAGAUCAAAGGAGGAUGGGGUUGGAGGGUGUCACUGGGUUUGGCCGGAAUUCCCGCUGUCCUCCUAACCGUGGGAGCCCUCUUGGUGGUUGACACCCCCAACAGCCUCAUCGAGCGUGGCCAUCUUGAUGAAGGUAAAGCAGUGCUCAAAAGGAUACGCGGCAUUGACAAUGUUGAACCUGAGUACUUGGAGCUUGUCGAGGCUAGUCGUGUAGCCAAACAAGUCAAGCACCCCUUCAGAAAUCUCCUCAAGAGGAGGAAUCGGCCCCAACUCAUCAUCGCUGUGUUCUUGCAGAUCUUCCAACAAUUAACAGGCAUCAACGCUAUCAUGUUCUACGCUCCAGUUCUCUUCAAUACGCUUGGAUUCAAAAACGACGCCUCCCUCUACUCCGCGGUCAUCACCGGGGCCGUCAACGUCAUCUCCACCGUCGUAUCAAUCUACUCAGUCGACAAAGUGGGCCGCCGCUUCCUCCUCCUCGAAGCCGGAGUCCAAAUGUUCCUCUCCCAAUCAGUCAUAGCCAUAAUCCUAGGCUUGAAAGUCAAGGACCACACUACCGACCUCCACAGUGGCUACGCAAUCUUUGUUGUCAUCAUGGUGUGCACUUUUGUGUCAGGCUUCGCAUGGUCGUGGGGCCCGCUGGGCUGGCUUAUCCCGAGCGAGACGUUCCCGCUGGAGACCCGCUCAGCAGGCCAGAGCGUGACGGUAUGUGUAAACUUGCUGUUCACGUUUGUGAUUGCGCAGGCUUUUCUUUCGAUGCUCUGCCACUUCAAGUUUGGGAUUUUCUUGUUCUUUUCGGGUUGGGUUUUGGUGAUGUCUUUCUUUGUGUUCUUUUUGUUGCCGGAGACGAAGAACGUGCCUAUUGAGGAGAUGACGGAGAAGGUGUGGAAGCAGCACUGGUUGUGGAAGAGGUUCAUGGAUGAUGAUGAUGAAGUGGCGGUAGAGAUUGGGAAAGUUGAUGGUGCUGCAAAGAAAAAUGGUCAUAGCAAUGGAUUUAACCAUGCGUCACAGUUGUAGAACUUGAAAUUGAAGCUAUUAAGGAACAUUUUGUGGUAGACUAGAAGGGAUACUUGAAAUAAAUGAAUUGAUACACAUGUUUUAUCAGUUAUAUUGUUGUGUAUAGUUUCAAUUUAGUUUCCAAGACCAUUAAGCUGU